GACUAUUUUAAAUUUACAGUCCGCGGGCAUACCUCUCUUGGUUUGCUUUUAAUUUGAGACUGGACAACCUUUGCUUAGCGGUCAAGGUCGAUCAACAUGGCAGGAUCUCUGUGCAAUUUGUCGGGCAAAGUUGCUCUUGUUACUGGUGCUAGUUCUGGUAUUGGUGCAGCUACAGCAGUUUUAUUCUCAAAACUUGGAGCUCAAGUUGCCAUUACAGGGCGUAAAGAAAAUAAUUUAAAAGAGAUUGGAAAUGAAUGUGAAAAAUCAGGAAAGAACAAGCCCUUUCUGAUAGUUGGUGACUUGGCUAAAGAGGAUGACACCAAAAAUGUAUUGGAAUCAACCAUCAAACAUUUUGGGAAGUUAAAUAUAUUAGUAAACUGUGCUGGUAUAAUAGAACUUGGUAGUAUAGAGAAUACAUCACUAGAACAAUAUGAUAGAAUGUUUAAUAUUAAUGUCAGAUCGAUAUAUUAUCUGACAAUGUUAGCAGUGCCACAUCUUAUUGCUGAGAAGGGAAACAUUGUCAAUGUAUCAAGUGUUAAUGGAAUAAGAUCAUUUCCAGGUGUUUUAUCGUACAAUAUGUCUAAAAGUGCUAUAGAUCAGUUCACCAGGUGUAUUGCAUUAGAGUUGGCACCAAAAUCUGUCAGGGUAAACAGUGUAAACCCAGGAGUAGUUCUAACCAACUUACAAAAACGUGGAGGAUUAGAUGAUGCAGCUUAUGCCAAGUUUUUAGAGAGAACAAAAGAUACCCAUGCUUUAGGUCGACCUGGUGAACCUAAUGAAGUGGCACAAGCUAUUGCAUUCUUAGCUUCUGAUGAUGCUUCAUUUAUUACCGGAACACAAUUACCUGUGGAUGGUGGAAGACAUGCCAUGUGUCCUCGAUAGUUAAACAUAAUUUUACAAUUUAUGAUUUUAGUCAAAUUAAAAGCAUUUUUAACCAAUUCGACCAAUUCAUUUACAUUAUUAGGGCUAAGAAAAACUUGAAUAAAUUGAUUUUGUGCUUUGUACAGUAAGCAAAGGGUAGGGACACAUAAGUACAAUUUAUAUCCUACAUCUGAUUCUUAUUCUAAUAUUGUCACUUUGUGAAGUGCCCCUGAACAUGUGAUAUGAAAGGCUGCACUAUAAAUAUGUUGUAAUAAUAAUAAUACAAGUUGUUCGAUCAGUUAAAUAUAUGUUUACCGGUACACAAAAUAAAAAUCUAUGUUUAAUUAUGCUAAUUGUGACUUUGGUGCUAAAUUGAUUUUAAGCGAUUGAGAAGACUGAUUGUGUAUAAGAAAAAUGUGUAAAUGAUAAAUAUAUAUAUAUACAUAAUAUG